UACAAUUUCUUCCGUAACACUUGUUUCUAUUUUGAAAGAAGGAUUCUACCCGGACCGAAUCAUUGCAGAAGUGUCGAGAUAUGCGAGAUCGCAUCGAAUGUCAAGGCGGUAUAACACUGAAUUUGCUCCAAGCUGUUUGCCCCGUAAGGUCAAAUCCAACUACCACUACAACUGGCAGAACUACACGAAGAACAACUACAACAACUAUGACCACUACUACUACUGUAAGACAGUGUCGUGUAACACGCAUCGGAUCAACCGAAUUACCACCACGAGUAGAGAACGCGAUUCAAUUUCUUGAUGAUCAAUGUUAUGAAAAAUUGGGCGGCACAGUGGUUAUGAAAUGGUUUGGCAAUCGCGUGCCCCCAGAAGACCAUCGCCAAUUAAGCAGUUUUUGUCAUGUGGUCAAUUUGACUAAAUAUGAUGAUGACCCAAAAUCGAGAUAUCACAAGGACGACAUCGAGUGUGCUUGUGGGACCUCGUCUAAUUUAUUUUUCUUAAAGAAAUUCAACGAAGCCGUCGAAAAAUACCCAUGUGAUGACGACGAAACGAUUACCAAAGCCCCAACGACUGAACCAUCAGAUGAUCUUUGGUGCUGGCAGCUCCGCUCAAGAUCAUUCGCAUCAUCCCCACCCCCACCACGUAUGAAGAACGCGAUUCAACUUCUUGAUGACAAAUGUUAUGCAAAACUGGGCGGCACAACGGUUAUGAAAUGGUUUGGCAAUGUAGUGACUCCAGAAGGCAAAGUUUGUUUUGUGAUCAAUCUAACUGAUUCAAAGAUGAAACUGUACAAGAAAGAGAUCGUUUGUGCCUGUGGGAGACAAUCCUAUGUAUUUUUUUUAGAGGGACUAAUACUCAUGAGGGAAAAAUACUCAUGUAACGACAAGACGACUACCAAAUCCACAAGGACUACACCAUCAACUACUACUGCAAAACAGUGCUAUGUAAGGCGCACAGGUUCAUCCGUAUCACCACCACGAGAGACGGACGCGAUUCCAAUGCUUGAUGACCAAUGUUAUGAAAAAAUGGGCGGCACAAGUGUUAUGGACAGGUUUGGCAAUCGCGAGCCUCCAAAAUCAGUUUACGAAUAUUCGGAAUUUUGUCUUCUGGUCGAUGUAACUCUAAAUGGUCCAGCAAUGGAAACUUACCAAAGCGACAUCGAGUGUGUUUGUGGGAUCUCGUCCCUUGAAUUUUUCUUAGAGAAAUUCGAAGAAGCCAUCAAAAAAUACCCAUGCGAUAACGACGGGGCUACCGAAGCGGCAACCACCAAACCAACAACAACCACUGUAACAACAACAACUGUACCUCCAAAGACAGAUCCACCACGGACUGAACCUCCGAAGACAGAACCACCAACGACUGAACCACCAAAGAUUGAACCACCACGGACUGAACCACCAAAGACCGAACCACCACCGACUGAACCUCCAAAGACCGAACCACCAAAGACGACACCACCAAAGACAGAACCACCAACGACUGAACCACCAAAUAUACCUUAUUGUUGGCAGCAACAAUCAAGAUUAUUUGCACCAUCCCCACCCCCACCACGAGUGAAUAACACGAUGCCAUUGAUUGAAGACAAAUGCUACGCAAAACUGGGCGACACUCUGGUUAUGGCCUGGUUCGGUAAUCGGGCGCCCCCGAAAAACUUCACUGAAGUAUUGGACUUUUGUACUGUGGCCGCACUAACUUAUAAUAAUGAGUCAGCUGUAUUCAGUGUGUUCAAGAAAGACAUCCAGUGUAAUUGUGACAAAUUGUCUUUUUCACGUUUUCUAAAGAAACUGUCUGAAGCCAUGGAAAAAUACCAAUGUAAUAACGUCUGGACAAGAACUGAAGCACCAGAGACUGUAACUACAAGGACUGAGCCACCAAGGACUGAACCUCCAAGGACUAUACCUCCGAGGACUGAAGCUCCAAGGACUGAACCACCACGAACUGAACCACCAAAGACCGAAGCUCCAAGAACUGUGCGGCCAAAGACCGAAGCUCCAAUGACUGUACCACCACGGACUGAACCGCCAAUGACUGAAGCUCCAAGAACUGAAGUGCCAAUGACUGAACCACCAAAGACUGAACCACCAAGGACGGCGCCACCGAGAACUGAAGUAUCAAUGACUUUACCACCAGAGACUGUACCUCCAAAUACUGAAGCUCCAAGGACUGAAGUACCAAUGACUGUACCACCACGGACUGAACCACCAAAGACCGAAGCUCCAAGGACUGUGCCGCCAAAGACCGAAGCUCCAAUGACUGAAGUACCAAUGACUGGACCUUCCAGGACUGAAGUACCAAUGACUGAACCACCAAAGACUGAACAACCAAGGACGGCGCCACCAAGAACUGAAGUAUCAAUGACUUUACCACCAGAGACUGUACCUCCAAAGACUGAAGCUCCAAGGACUGAAGUACCAAUGACUGGACCUUCCAGGACUGAAGUACCAAUGACUGUAACUCCAGAGACUGGACUUUCAAGCACUGUAACUUCAAAGACUGAACCACCAAAGACUACGACUGAAAAGAGAAUAACUCCAAGGACAGAAGUGCCAAAGACGGUUCCUCCGCGGACUGGGCCACCAAUGACUGUACCUCCUGGGACUGAAGCACCGACGACUGAAGCACCAAUGACUAUAACUCCAAGGACUGAACAACUAAGGACUGAACAACUAAGGACUGAUCAAUCAAAGACUGUAACUCCAAAGACUAAAAUUACAGUCUGGCCUACAGACUACAGAGGUCCAAUUUGA